AUGUUGGUUGUAAGCUUGAUGAUCAUUGCUUGCGGCGUGCUCGGCGCGGCAUCGGGACAUACGAUCCAAGUUAACAACAACUGUGGUGAAAGAUUCAUCAUGCAAGUUCCUGGGCGCGGAGUGGUCACUUCUGGUAGUGGUGGUACCUGGACGUACGACGGGGACACUAACGGAGUGAUUGCUGCUGUUGGAAACAACUGUGACGAGAACGGAGUGCCGUGCACUGCCGCCGAGUUUUCGCUCGUCUCCGGCGUCACAUCUGCCGACAUCACUUUAAUCCCUCCCCAUCAAUACAACAAAUCAUUGCGCAUCACCCUCACCAACGGUUUGUCUAAAGCUUGCAAUUACGCCGAUUGUCCCGACGCUUUCCACACGGACGGAAACGAUCAACUCUACCAAAUCCAAGAGUCGGGCAACCCGAACUCCGGCAUCACCUUGGACUUUUGCUACUAA